CUAUCUCAUGGGCCAAAUUCACCAUCCCUUGUCUUUGGGGUAAACAGUGUUGGAGUUCCCGAGGUUAUCCGUUCCAACAACCUCCAGAUCUUCCAUCAUGGCCGUCCAAUCUAAACUCGUCCUCCCCGACCGAUCCCUCAAAAGCGUCGUCGCGCAAUUAACAUCCCUAUACGCCCAAAACCGCACCCGCAUCUCCCGCGCCGUAUACCUAACCCUCCUAAUCGCCCUCGUAAACCGCGUCCGCCAUGCCAUUUCCGAGCAGAAAGCCGCGUCCGCGCGCGAGGCUGCCAAGAAGCGAUCGGGUACUGUCACGAGCGACGGGACUGAUACGACGCAAAAGAAGAAGGUUGAACUAAAUCGCGAGUUCUUUAAAUCGUUAUUAAGGUUGUUGAAGAUUGUGGUACCGGGUGCGAGAAGUAAGGAGACUAGGCUACUUGUUAGCCAUAGUUUCUUUUUGGUCGUGAGGACGCUUAUUAGUUUGAAGGUUGCGGAGAUGGAUGGUGCGAUUGUGAAGGCCCUUGUUAGGGGUAAUGGGAGGGAGUUUUUGACGAGGAUUGUUUGGUGGAUGCUUAUUGCUGUUCCGGCGACUUUUACGAAUUCUAUGUUGUCAUAUCAUCAAGCGGAAUUGUCGCUUAGGUAUCGGACGCGGUUAACCCAGUUCAUCCACGACAAGUACCUCUCCCAGCUCACAUUCUACGGUAUAUCAGCGUUAGACGAUCGGAUAAAGAAUCCGGAUCAACUUAUCGCGGUUGAUGUGGCGAAGUUCUCGAAUAGUUUGGCUGAGUUGUAUAGUAACUUGGCCAAGCCUAUAUUAGAUAUGACCAUAUAUACGUGGUCAUUAUCGAAGAGUGUUGGUGGUGAAGGUGUCAUGUUCAUGUCCUUACUCGUCCAGCUCUCAGCGCACGUCAUGCGCGCUCUGACGCCUCCAUUCGGGAAAUACGUUGCGGAUGAAGCGAGAUUAGAGGGCGAAUUCCGAUUCCAGCAUUCGAGACUUAUCGACCACAGUGAAGAGGUAGCACUCUAUCACGGUCAUGAAGCAGAGAAGGAUGCACUCGAUAAGGGAUAUUUCACGCUUAUUAAACACGUGAAUUAUAUCCUCCGACGGCGAUUUUACCAUGGUGUUAUGGAAGAUUUCGUUAUUAAAUAUUUCUGGGGUGCGCUAGGCCUCUUGCUUUGCAGUGUACCGGUGUUUUUCAAGCUACCGGGCCAAUUAACUGGCACCUCCAGCAUGGGCGAUCGAACAGAAACAUUCGUUACAAAUAGGCGAAUGUUGCUCAGUGCAUCCGAUGCUUUUGGACGAAUAAUGUUCUCCUACCGAGAAAUUAUGGAAUUGGCUGGUUACACAUCACGAGUCGCAUCGCUAUUAGAAGUUAUGGAUGAUAUUCAAGCUGGUCGCUUCGAGAAGAAGCUGGUUUCUAGCUCGGGCACCGAAGAUAACGAAGCCGUAUUGAGAGGUAGGGGUAAAGUGGUCGAGAGUCAAGACAUUGAAUUUAUCGAUGUGCCAAUCAUCUCACCCAACGGCGAUGUUCUCGUCAAGGCACUUUCAUUCUCGCUUAAGCAGGGCGAUCAUCUUCUAGUCGUGGGCCCGAAUGGUUGCGGGAAAUCAAGUCUUUUCCGAAUUCUCGGUGGUCUAUGGCCUGUAUACGGCGGUACAGUCUACAAACCGCCCUUCACCGAUAUCUUCUACAUUCCACAGCGUCCGUACCUCUCCCGCGGGAGCCUGCGCCAGCAAAUCACAUACCCGGAUAGUCUACGAGCAGUUCGGACGCGCGGCGUGACAGAUGCGCAACUUCUAGAUAUCCUAAAGAUUUUAUCGCUAGAACAUCUCGUGGACCUGUACCCCGAAGGUUGGGACGCCGAAGCCGAGUGGCGCGACGUAUUAUCCGGUGGUCUGCAACAGCGCGUUGCUAUGGCGCGAUUAUUCUACCACAAACCCCGGUACGCGAUUCUAGACGAGUGUACUAGCAGCGUGACGCUAGAGACGGAAAAAGUUAUGUACGAUACUGCUAAGGCUUUGGGGAUUACCCUGAUGACAGUAAGUCAUAGGAGGAGUUUGUGGAAGUAUCAUAGUCGCAUAUUGCAGUUUGAUGGACAGGGCCAUUAUGUUUUUACCAAGUUGGAUGCGGAGAGGAGACUCAAGCUUGAGGACGAGAAGGAAGAUCUCGAGGUCUUGUUGAGACAGGUGCCGGAUAUUGAGAGGAGGAUUGGGGAGCUUACUGAUGGAUAGGGGCAAGGGAGGAAGAGGAUCGGGGUGUAUAGUAGGAGAGGAUUGUAUAUAAAUCCAGCAAUACAUCAAGGGUUCAAACCAAACGACAUCUCGUCCAUACAGAUGUAGAUAACCCAGGUACCGACACUAUACUAAGAAACCCACCGAUUUCCCGAUGAAAUAUCCAGGUACGUCUCCUGCCCAGUUUUCACUACGGUCAAAC